CUUGUCAAAGAAUGCUACUACGUUAGUUCAGUGUAACGCAACCUCGUGUUCUGGCGACCAGGGAUACAGUGGUCUGGUAACAGUGAAUGACACUAACCUUACCGUGUCUAUGACGAUUGAGUCAGUUCAGGGGAAAGACGAAUCUAUGUGGACCUGUCAUGUUGAUUUUGGUGAAGAAUCGAAGGAAGCAAAAGCAACUUGUCUGUUAUUCAUUUUUGGUGAGUUUUUUAAUGAAAUCAAAGACACAAAUGUUUUAGAAGUAGUGGCCAAGACAAAAAGUAGAUAAGUGAAUAUGUAAUUUGGUCGUCUUGUUUUUAGAUAAGAUUUAUGAAUAAAUGCAUUUUUUAGAUACGUUUUGUUGCUUUUAAACACCAACCCUUUUUUUUCAAAAUUGUUUGGAAACAAUUCUCAAGUUUCAUCAUGUAAAAUCAACGUUCAGGACUAGUAAGCGACAAUGACCUCCGAAACUUGAUCUCAAGGGCAUGUAUCGCAGUUAGUGGAAAAAGAAACGGCUUAGUUCAUCAAACCAUCAUUCCAAGAUGUUGGUGUAGUCUUGAGCGAGCGUAUGAUUUAAAAUGUUUCCUUGUAAUGAAAAGAAAUAAAUGUUCACAUAACACCUUGAGCGAGUUUAAUGCGAUUUGUAAACAUGCUGGAAAGAAUCAGAUGAGUGCUGACUUUCACAAGAUUGUCUUCGGCAACGAAUCCAAUAUUAGAAAUUUCCAGCCUUUUUAAUAUCUUUUUUUAAACGGAAUUUUAUUUAUUAACUGUGUCUGUCUCAGUGCCACCAGAAAAGCCAGUGUGUGAUCACACGUUAAAUGAGAGUCACGUUCUGAUCACGUGCAGCACGGCAAAGGUUUAUCCAAAAGCAACAUGUCGUUGGAACGCGUCCUCUGUACCUAAGGUUUGUAUUUCCAACUUUUAAGGGGGAUUGUAUGACCUUACGGUCGUUGGGGGCAAAAUUAGAUUGACAUACAAAAGAUUAGGCUGGAAUAAAUUUCGGAUCGCAAACUUUCAUUACAAUUUGAGGGUGGAUCUGCUGACUGGGGACCUUCUUAUUCUACAUAAAAACAUCAUGCAUUUGCAAAUUUUAUCGAAAAGCCACACACACGUCUUCUAUUACAGAAGGAUGUAAAAAAAUGUAUUUUGUAACAUAAUAUGUUAUGUUUCAGAAAUAAAUUACUCAAUUUUAAUUUCCUUUCAAAUUACAGCUAAACUCUUUUUUUAAAUACAUCAGAUACAUGAUUAGUUAUUUUCAUUUAUUUUAAGUAUUUUCUGAUUGUUGUGUGACGAUUACAUAAGCAAUUUAUUGAUCCUGUUAUUCACAUGCUACUCAAAGGUCAGGUCAAGAAGCUACUCACACCCCGUUUCUAAAGAUCCAGUCUUCAUCUUCAACACAACAUGUACAGCCGUCUUCCCAGUCACCAACCAGACAGAGU